UUGAGACGAGGCUCUGGCCUCUCGAAGCGCCAUUUCGACUUCUGCCUCACUUCCAUGUUAACGUUUUUCGAUAAGCUUGUGUCAGUUUCACGUGGUGCUAACUUGGAUGUAAACAUCUCUUCGCUAGGGAAUUGAAUUCACGGGUAUGAAAAGCGCAUGAAAACCUGAUUUGAAAACAGCAACAUUUAUCUGAAAACCCAUGGGAUCAUUGCUGUAGAGUUAGUGACAAGAAUCUGCGCAUAGGAGAUGGGGAAUACAGCAUUUUAUCGGGGAGGCGCUUCAAGCUGGCAGUUAAGGGGCAAAAUGACCAGUACAAUCGCUUGCUUGAGAUUUUAAGAGUUUGAGAGUUUAAUCCACUAUCGUUGAGGCGAGAGCAAACGCCGGGAAUAAGCUGGAAAAUCAGCUUAAACGUCAGCACAGAGAAGACAUCUCGGCGCUUUAUUAACUCGUAAAAAGAGACUCCUCUUGAACAGACUUUACAUUUUUAAUACUGGUAAAUCCUGUAACUAAUUCGGACUGCAAAGCACUAUGAAAAUUGCGAUCAAAAUAAUAUUUUGCUCCUCUACUUCGUUCGUUUAGAUGUUUGUUAUUGCGAACAACAAUAAUUAAAACGGGUUUUGACCUUUUGAACUUAAAACGAAAAUACAAUAGAAAACUGUCAGAAUUUCUUGGUUCCCAUUACUACGCGUCAAUUGGCCAAUCAGCGACCAAGUUCAGAUUCUGAACCUAGCAGAAGUCGAAAUAGCGCUUCGAGAGGCCAGAGCCUCGUCUAAACCUCGCGGGCCACUAAAUAGAGAGACGUUCGAGGCUCUGGAACCAUUGUAGUCAAUGUAUCAACAGAGGUGACUGGUUUAAAGACGCGGCUUCUCGAAUUACACUGUAAAUCAUAUUGCGUGACUUUGAAUUAACUUGAUUACGCAUGCCGAUAGCGACGAGACAUGAUCGUCUGGUAAAGAUGGAGGUGCAAGCACUCUCUUUCUAUUUCCGGGUAGCUUUCGCCAUCCUUCUGCUACAAACAAUCACAGUUCUUUCAGUUUGUGCGGAAGCUGGUUGCUCAAGUCAAGCGGUUGGCAUUAGCGAUAGUCACGUGAUACCUGAUAACAGAUUUUCAGCUUCAAGUGAAUACAGCCCUAAUUAUGGAGCACGCUAUGCUCGACUUAACGGUUCGCCUGGAUGGUGUCGCAAAGGACGUGAUACUAGCGGCUAUCUCCAGAUCGACCUGAACUCCGUGUUCGUGGUGUGCGCUGUGGCUACACAGGGAAACGGGCUUGGCGGCAAAUAUGAGUGGGUGACUUCAUACAAAGUUGGGUUUUCCAUGGAAAACAAAGCAUGGUCCACAUAUCAAGAGAGUGCUGGGGUUGACAAGGUAUUCAUUGGUAACACGGACGGAACGACAGUCGUCAAAAACACCCUCGCGGUUCCAACCAUGGCGCGGUUCAUCCGGUUUGUACCUCUUACUAGUCAAAGAGAUCCGACGAUGCGAGUGGAGGCGUAUGGUACUAGGCCCGACGUGUGCAAGUCGUCGCUUGGUCUGAUUGAUGACGUCAUCCCAGACUCAGCAAUGUCGGCGUCAUCGGGUUCAGCGUCCGCUGGCCGUCUGUAUGGCGGCUCAUCUUGGUGCAGUACGUCAUCGUCCGUCUCUGAGUAUCUUCAGGUUGACCUGGGAGGGGUGAGGACGGUCUCAGGAGUAGCCACACAGGGGUACCCUGGGGAGAACAAGUGGGUCAAGACUUAUAACCUUCAGUACAGUGGUGAUGGGACACGAUGGCUUACUUAUGAUAACGCCACCAGCAAUGACUUCAGCUUCACGGGUAACGUCAACAAGAAUCUUGCGAUGAUCAAUUGGCUCAGUCAUCCAAUCAGAGCGUGCUACGUCAGAAUCAGGCCGCUGACCUGGAAUAGCGCAAUCUGUUUACGAGCAGACCUGUUUGGAGACAUCGAAUGCUCGUGUGAGAAUCUGGCUCUAGGACUCGGUGACAAUCGCGUACCUAGCGCAAGUAUCACCGCCUCAUCAAACAACGCAAAUGCCGUACGCGCAAGACUGGGCACUACAAGCGGUGCAUGGUGUGCGGGCUCAGGUGACGUCUCGCCAUACCUGCAGGUGGAUCUUGGAUCAAGUCACAUGAUCUGCGCCGUAGCUACACAAGGAGAUCCGUCCGCUGACCAGUGGGUACAGACUUAUCGGAUUGAUUACUCGGAUGGAGCAAACUGGACAAGUUAUAGAGAAAAUAACACCACUAGGAAGUUCAACGGUAAUUACGACAGAAACUCGAUCGUGCGUCAAGUACUGUACCAAGCCCCCGCCGCCAGAUACGUCCGCGUGGUGCCAAUUUCGGAGACUGGGUCAAAGUGUCUACGGUUGGAGCUGUACGGUCACCGACUGGGAUCAGAUUGUCAGUCUCGCGCAGUCGGCCUUCAGAGCACAAAUAUGAUUCCUGAUCAUCGCUUCACCAGCAAUUCAUGGUAUAGUAGCGGCUACUAUCCCUGGUACGCAAGACUACAAACAUCAAAGGCUUGGACACCAAAAGCUGCCGAUAGAGACAAUACAUAUCUCCAAGUUGACCUGGGAGGUCUGUGGCGCGUGUGCUCUGUGGCCUCUCAAGGGGCCUACAGCCACUGGGAGUGGACCAAGCAGUACGCUAUCGCGCAUUCUGUCAAUAAUAUCAGUUGGACGCCAUACAUUGAGUCUGGUGUACAGAGGGUGUUUACUGGAAAUGUUUACCAAUCAACUGUAGUGGUAAGACUGCUCGCUCACCCGCCACUGGCCAGAUUCAUCAGGUUUGUUCCAACAGCAUACCACAAUUACCCAACAACAAGACUGGAUUACCGCGGAUUACAGUCAGCUUGUGCAUCAUCACUCGGAGUGGAGCGUGGCUACAUCCUUGACUCACAGAUGACGUCAUCAAGCAAUGAUGGCGCGUACACGGCAUCCGCUGGCCGACUGUACGGCGGUUCAUCUUGGUGCAAUUCCACAUCAGCCAACACUGAGUAUCUUCAGGUUGAUCUUGGAGGAGUAAAGACGGUCACAGGAGUGGCCACACAGGGUUCCCGCACUCAAAGCAAGUGGGUCACGCGAUACGUUAUCAAGUACAGCUUCACUGGAACCGAGUGGAGCGUCGUCAUGGAUGGCGGGUCUAUACCAAGGAUAUUUGACGGCAACGAGGAUCACAAAACAGGGCGUGUUAACUGGUUUGAAGUCCCCAUCGCUGCACAAUUCAUCAGGGUUCACCCUCAGGCAGUGAAUGGCGGCAACGCCUGCAUGAGAAUAGACUUUUAUGGCUGCACUUUUGUAUUUUUGCCUGGUUUUAAAUCUCAAAGACAAAUCACUCUCCAGGCAUCAAGCGGUACACGCGUGUCUGUACCCUGUCCGAUAAACGGACAACCGCAGCCCGUUGAUUUUAAAUGGUACAAAAAUGAUACCUUCAUGGCUGGGGAUACUUCAAGCAGUAUCACCGUAACAUACCGCUCAGCAGCUGACGUGAAACACAGCUACAAAUGUGUGCAUCAAGACCCGAACCACCGACCUGUAAAUUGUGUCCAGUCAUACGCAUGCUCUGCAAGGUACCCGCUGACUCUACCAAGUGCAGGCACAGCCAGACGUGCUGAGAUAGCGGUCUCUGUCCAGCUAAAUGUUUUGGCAGCACCAGUAGUAGAUGUAACAAGGAAUAAGCGCUCACUUACACUGCAGCUGACGUCAUCAGCAGACGACUCGACAGGACCGCUGACCGGUUAUACCGUCAAGAAUCGGACGAGUGGAGCAUGGACUACACGUGAGAUCGGCUCGUCGUCACAAUACGAGUUGACUGGUCUUGUGCCGUACACGAGCUACACGGUGCAGGCGAGAGGGAAGAGUGUGGUUGGGCUCGGGUUGUGGAGUGCAGCGGGUUCCUACACCACUCUCAUGGCAGAUCCAGAUGGAAAACUUAUAAUAUCUCAAUCGACGGUUGCAACAUCCUCCACCGCAAUACGGAUACAAUGGACGCUCUCCUCUGACUACCGACUUAACGGGCAAUUUAAGGAAUACAUAGUACUGUACGAGUACAUGGCUAGCAAUGGAAGUAAUAUUAUAAAGUCAGAAAAAGUGACAAACAUCAACACGCAAGACCUUUCCUUGACCCCGCUCAAAAUAUUUACCAAUUACACCCUUACCCUUCGCUCAAGUAACACUCAGUACACCGGAGCCACAAGUGACGCGCGUAUUGUACAGACCUGGGAGGACGUUCCGAGUGCACCACCUUUAGGCGUAAAUCACGCCGAAAUCAACUCAACGACAUUCAACAUCAGUUGGAACCCAAUCCCCAAAGAUCAGAGCAACGGAAUCAUCACCAGUUACGAUCUGGAACUAAGUUCCGGACAAGCCAGACGGCGCAGGCGGUCCCUUACAGAGUCCCUCAAUUCCACCUUGACGUACAUCGUACUGCAUAACCUGGAAAAUUGCACCAUUUACCAUCUGCGGGUGCGGGCGAGAACAGGAAAAGGACCUGGUCCGUACAGCCCACAAUACACACUACAAACAUCCCCUCCAUGGACACCAACAGAUUUGAAGGCAACAGACGAGACCAAGACUUCAGUUCUCCUGAGAUGGCGAACCCCAAACUUUAUAGGGUCUAUAAGAUACACGGUCAUGUACAAAGGUUUCAAGCCUUACUGGCAGGAAUGGAAUGGACACUUUGGAAAAGUAACUACCUCAUCCCAGUCUGUCAGCCCAAAGAAUCUCAUCCCUGGGACAAAGUACAUUUUCAAUAUUACUUCUUUCACCAAAUGCGGAGGUAGCAAAACACUGAAUUUUAAAGUAGUGACUACGAAAGUUUCAAAUCCUGUAGCACCAGUGGUUCCUCUUGGGAGAAUAUCUCGCGAUACUAACGUCACAUUGUGGAAGGCUGAUGAAGUCAACGGUCCAAUCGACUCCUAUCAAGUCAUAGUUCUUAAAGAGAAACCCGACAACGUGAACCUGACGGAGAUUCAAGCAGAAGAACUUUGUAAAGAAGACGAGGAGAAGAAAGAGAAAAGGAAUUACUACAUUGCAGCCGAAGUGGAAGCAUUAAGUAUGAAUCAAACAAUCAUCAUUGGUGACGGUAGGAUUUACAAAGGAAGGCGGCAGAAGUACAAGAACAAAGCUCUUGACGAAGGAAGCAAGAACAAGGUCUACAUACGAGCGAUGACCUACCUGAACGAAGAGUUGGAGCCUUUGUGUGGAGUUGUCGCUUUGGCUGGAGUAAUAGAAAUUCCUGUCGCUAGCUCGGAAAAUCUCGCAUCAACCACCUCAUCAUCCGUAGGAGCAAUAGCUGGAGGGGUGGUUGCGUUACUUAUUCUUGCUGCUUUCGUCGCCGCUGUAGUCCUCUUUAUCAGGCGACGAAAUGAUAAUUCCCCCAUGAGGAAGCCGGCGAUGCAAAUGGAGUCGUUUAACGAGGGUCAAGCGGAAAGCAAUGCCGAUAUCGCCCAUGAAGGAAUAAGCAACCAGCAGGGGGCUGCUGAAGCUGCAAAUACCGAGCGUAUUUAUGACAAUGCUGUAGACGACUUGUCCAAGCCAAUCCCAAUCGCACUCUUCCCAGAAUACGUCGCGAAGAUGCAGGCAAACGGAGGCAUCAGAUUGGAAAACGAAUACAAGAAAUUCAACAAUGGACAGCAGUUUCCAUGGGAAGCCGCCAGGAAACCUGCCAACAAAAACAAGAACCGUUACGCGAACAUUGUUGCCUAUGAUCAUUCACGUGUGGUACUGGAGCGAGUCAAUGGCGACGAGGAUUCGGAUUACAUAAACGCGUCAUUUAUACACGGCUAUGAUGGAACUCCAAGAUCGUUCAUCGCCUCACAAGUUGUCAUCUUCCUAGGUCCACUUCCUCCGGCGUUUGAAGGCUUCUGGCGGAUGGUCUGGGAACAGAACUCGCAAUCCAUCGUAAUGCUCACCAACCUCGUCGAGCUAGGCAAGACUAAGUGCCACAAAUACUGGCCAGACAAGAUCGAGACAUACGGUGGCGUGACAGUCACGCUGCACCAGUCGGAAAUAUUCGCAGACUACGAGAUUCGUACCUUCAUCUUGUCAAAGGCGAAACGGAGUGGCAGUCGAAUGGUUCGUCAGUUCCACUUUACCGUGUGGCCGGACAAGGGCGUUCCCCAAUACGCAACAGCAGUCCUCGCGUUCAGACGAAAAGUGCGCGCUUUGAACCCGCGGGACGCGGGACCUGUCAUCGUCCACUGCAGUGCUGGCGUUGAACGCACUGGUACCUAUAUUGUCAUUGACGCCAUGCUGGAACAGGCCAAAAAGAGCCGAACCGUGGAUAUUCGUAACUACCUCAUAGCGCUCAGGAAAGACAGGCCACACAUGGUCCAGACAAAGGAGCAGUACUCGUUUAUCCACUCCGCUGUGUUAGAAGCCCUGACGUGCGGCAACACAGAGAUACAAAGCGAGACUUACAACCAGGCCAUGCAGAAACUUGCUUCUGUCAACCGUAAAUUCCAGAUGACAGGAUACGCACUUGAGUUCCAGAGGCUGAACUCCGUUACAAGCCGUGAGAUACCGGCGGAAGAGAAAAGCGUUGGUGAGGAACCACAAAAUCUGCACAAGAACAGAUUCUCUGACAUCAUAGCAUUGAACAGCUGUAGGGUGAUGCUGCAUAAUGAGCAUGCUGACGAGGAGUCGGACUACAUCAACGCCGUUUUCCUACAUGCUCACAGGGGGCGCAAUGCAUUCAUUGCUACCCAGCAUCCCUUGCUGGAGACCGUGGAGGAUUUCUGGCGCAUGGUGACGGAUUACGACAUCGGGACGAUUGUCAUGUUGAACAACCUGCACGAACUUGACCAGGAAUACCCUCAGUACUGGCCUGACCAUGGAGCUACCAAAUAUGGUCACAUAGGCGUCAGCGUGCUCAGCAAGCAAGAGAAAGGUGACGUCAUCUGCACCAAGCUUAAGGUGACGCGAAAAAAGAAGACGCAAGAGGUUUGUCACUUGCAUCACGUGUCGUGGCCAGACAAGUGCAUCCCUGAGGUUGCCUGCAGCGUUCUGGAUCUUUUAGACGAAGCACAGACAUCACAGCAGCAGUGCGGCAACGCGCCAGUAUUGGUCCAAUGCAGUAACGGUGUUGGUAGGAGUGGCACGUUUUGUGCGAUCUCCUCAGUUCUUGAGCGUUUGAAGACAGAGCAAGUUAUUGACGUCUUUCAAGUUAUUAAACGAAUUCGCGUCAAUCUGCCAGGCGCGGUGGAGAGCCCGACGCAGUACGUGUUUUGCUAUCAAAUCAUCCAGAAGUACUUGGACUCCUUCAGCGACUACGCGAACUACUCGGAUUGUUGAAAAAUAGGCUGACGAUAAUGAUGAAUCCAGGGAUUCUAAGCAAUAAAUUCUAAAGGCUAAGAAGGGGGGGUUGGAGAGCACUAGAGUUCCUAAAUUGCAGGGCUAGAGAACACGAAAAAAUUAUACAGACCACGUGUCUUAGAUAUGAAUGUUAUAAUCCCGGUGGGGGAGGGAGAGGAGACUCUCCCAAAAAGUAGACGGGGAUGAUCGUCCCAUCUUUUAGGGUAUAAGAUUCCGACCAACUAUCAUCCCUUGGGGGUGUUGGAGGAUUUUUCAGAUUUUGCCAUCUCUUAGGGUAUAAAAUUCGACCAACUGCUAUUUCUAAGAGAGUGUUUAACGUGUUUUUCCGAAUCUGUUAUCUCUUAGGGUAUAAAAUUCGACCAAUUGCUAUUCCUUAUAAGAUGUUAAACGUUUUUUUUUUUCGAUUCUGCUAUCUCUUAGAGUUAAAAAUUCGUUCGAUCAGACCCAAUUUGCUUGGGAAGGAUUUCUGUUGAUUACGCCAAAGUACAAUCCCUUAUGGUUAAAAUCGAUUUUGAUGAUCACCCCCGUCUAUUUUUAUCGGAGUCCCCCAUUGGAAUUAUAAUGUUCUUAUGCAACACCGAAAGAAAUAUAAAUUGUAGGGAUACACUUGAAGUGUGCUUAAGGUGAUAUUGUAAACAACAAAUAAUCCAUCUGUAGUAAUUUGCAAAGUAUUUCUUUUUCGUGGAGCUACGUUUUUAUGAAUAAUUUGUCAUUUCCAUAAGGAAAUAUUUCUAAUUUUCCUUACAUUUUUGUUAUUUCCUAUUUAAUAAUAUUGUGAUAUCAUUUUAAUGUAAUAAUAUUUAUAAUUAUUUCAUGGCCGCCCAUACCAUUUAAGUAAAACAGAAGUGUAUACCACUAAUAGGUAAGAUGGUCACACAAUCUUUUAUUAAAACCGAUAUGCUCAA